UCCUUACACAGUUACACGGUGCAUACUAAUAAAGUUCAGCCAGAACGGGAAAAAACGAGCUGAACAAAACAUAGAAAUGUUAUUUAAUCUCUUUCACACGUUGAGUCUCCUUCACGCAACACGUUGUGCCACCUUUUCCUAUUGUCUUUGCGCAGUUAAUGGACAUUACGCAUUGCAUGGCAUCGCCUAAAACGAUGUUUAAUAUCGGCAUUGCGGACACAUCGGCAUCUUUAACAGCUUAGUUUAUUUUGCUUGGAGCUUGAAACGAACGGAUUGUUCGUCGUCAGGUUAGUAAGGAUUUGAAUGGAUCUUAAAUGUGGACCGUGAGGCAUGAGAAAAGACGCAACGAUGACUGGCUUUAAAAUCCAUAUGUUGCGUCCAAGAAACAAAAGACACAAUAAAAAAAACAUCGUAUCAGCUCUAGGUCUGAGACGUGCAUCUUUUCUAUUAGCCACAUUUGCGUUAUGAGUAAUCUCUCAUAUUGAUAUGUCCAUCUUUCUCAAAAGCGAGCAGGCGCGCAUGUCUGCGUGUAUCCAUCGCCCGUAGACUAGAUCUGUGUUACUGCGCCAGGAUGGAGAUGACGCAAAUGACCCAGCUCCCCAAAAAGUGUUUCAAGACGAACAUGGCGGCAACUUAACACAGGACCUAAAAUGAUGAUGAUGAUGAUGAUGAACAGAGAAGAUCGAAGGCAAUCCGCCCAGAUAAGGAAACCGCAGCUCUUUCAGGAUCUCGCCUUCCCUUAAGGAGACGCAGGGACACAGGCAGCUUUGGGAACAGCAGCUGCUCUCCGAGGGUCUAUGGGGAGAGGAGGCAAGAGAGGAGGCAUGUUGUCACACAGAAGUCGCUUUUUCUCCGGGGAGCGAUGCGGAAUAACGGAGAUAUGACCGCGUGUGGCUUAAUCUAGCCCAUCGACUCGGAUACAGCUGCCUGGUCCGCCGUUUAAACGGGAAAAAACAUUUCAAGUCAAUGCAUUUUGUGGCAGAGGAGCCGUCGCGGUGGAGUCGGCCAGUGCUGCUCUUUCCUGAAAUAUGACCAGGGGUGUUUGGACGUGUCGGCAGCAAGAUGACGGCUUAAAAAUCUGGUUUGCACCCCGAGAGGACGAAAAGCCAUUAUUCACCGAUUCCGAAAGGGCCCAGAGAUGGCGACUGUCCUUAGCCUCUCUUUUGUUUAUCACCGUUUUGCUCUCUGAUCAUCUGUGGUUCUGCGCCGAGGCCAAAUUGACAAGGACUCGAGACAAACGGCAAGACAACUUCGCCGUCAUGGACACGGUGGAGCACACGAACCAUAUACUUUCAUCCAGCCAUCAGCCCGUCACAGAGCAGAGUCUUAUUUUUAUAGGCAAUUCUACCAAACCUCUGUGGAGACUUGAAACUUGUCACCCCGACAGCCUCUCCAAAAACUGCUUGACUUUCGCCGACGCGGACGCCGUGUGCUCGGGCCUCUCCGAGUGGAACCUGAGCGAUUUCUAUCUUUCUUUUUGUGAUUCCUACUCUCUUUUGGAUUUGUUUCACGGGUUUACGAGUCCAAACAAUUUGACCUGUAGCUUGGACAUGGCUGCGGGCGGUAAUACAUCGGGAUGCACCCAAUGCGUUGAGGCUUAUCAACUCUACGACCGAGAAGCUCAGAAGACGUAUCGAGAGUUUGAGAUUAUGGUUCAUAAAUAUGAAACGGAUGUAUAUUCGGUGCGGACAUGCAUGGACGAGUGCACGACUGUCUACAAACAGUGGAUCUGUGCCCAGUUCUUCCACACCACACAGAUGCACUGCAGCAACAGGAUCCCCUGCAGGAAGUACUGCCUGGAGGUCCAGCAGAGGUGUCCCUUCAUAUUGCCUGACAAUGAUGAGCUCAUCUACGGAGGAAGCCCCAGUUUUAUAUGCACAGGGCUCCACAAGGACAACCCCUCAGACGAAGAGACAGAAUGCUGCGACGUUCGAUGGGACAGCAGGACGGACAACAGCUCCAAAGGCACUCUCAAAAGAACUCACCCGUCGUGUCAGCACGGGACAUCCCUGACCUCCUCAGCAGCCUCUAGACUGUGCAACAGCAGACUCAAAUUCUGCCUGCUGGUCCUCGUCCUCCUUCAUACUGUUGCCACUCUCACAGCAUCCCACAAUCCCACCGGGUUCAACCUCACCUCCAACUCCUCCAACGAGGAAUGACGGAAAAGCCACUCAGUAACGCCAGCAAAACCCGAUCAGGUGACGGACCGUGGGGUGACUAAUGCUUUUCGGGACUUCUGGUAGAGUUCAGGUGGAGACUGUGGAGAUGCAAUCAACCAAGCAAACAAAACAAACUGAGAAAAACCUAAACAAACUCUGGACGAACUUAAUCAAGCAACAAGAACAAGGGACAACACCGUAGCCUUUGUCGGAAGAGGGCGGAGUUCUCUCGCACCAUGUUUUUUUUACACUGUGUCUAUGGUUUAGAUUUCUGUUGCACUAGAUGACUGCAGAAUCUAAUUCAUGUUUUUCUUUCGUUUCAUUCGGGUCUUUGUGCAGGAAGGAUUGACAUGAGACGAGUUAAAUGUACAGUAUCCAAGUGAAUAUUCAAGAGCGAGUGUCUAUGUGGGUGACUGGAUGAGUGCGUGUGCAUGUGCGCCUGUGCUUGCAUAUGUGUGUGUGUCCACUUAGAUGUUCUUGUUUCUCUUUGUAAUCACAAACUCUCUGAAUGCUGCUCUAUUCAUUACGAGGGUUUCCGUAGAGCCUCUAUAGCAGUUUAUACAGGCUCUGACAAAUCCGCUUAGAAAACUCCCCCAAAUUCUCCCAUUAAGAUCUGAACAAGGUAGCCUGAUGUUUUCGUUGCUGAUGUGAUGUCAUUUCCUGGUAGGCCGGGUCAGUAGCUUCGGGGGUCUGGGUACGUUUAGAACAUUAUGUCAGUGGGCUGUUUGCUUACGUGCUUAAAACUGAAACAGGUCCUUAAAAUAUCGUAUCCAGUUUUGUGUUCGCCCCCUGCAAAGGAGCGACACGGAGUCCACAAAUCCUAAGUAGUAUAUAUUGUAUUAAGAUAUUGUAUUAUCUACCCUAUAUUCUAUGAUUGCAUGUUAUUACCACACCGAGUUUUGACUACACUGCUAAAUUUGAAAGAAACAAAUCGGAAUCUGGUCACAAGGUAGCCCGGGGGGUUAAGAGAGGCGAUCGACUUAGGCAUGAAACCAGCCAAUCGGAGCUCACAAAACUAAAUACCCCAAACACAGAGAGGAUCCAUCACACACGACGUUCCUUACUACAGUAAAGGGCUUACCCAUCAUGUAUACACACAUUUGAACAUUCCUGAAACAUUUGCAUGAAGAGAUUGGUGAGGCAUGAGCAACUCAGUGGAAACUACAUUCAUUUGUUACGAACCUUAAGAUAGUCAUAAAUCUGAAAAAAAACAGGCUGUUGGGGGGCUUAAUCAAACCGCUCCCGAUGGAUGGCACGGAGAAGGCCCGUCUCAGGUGGCUGGGCCGGCGGAUCUCAGUUCGGUUGGUUGUUAAUGAGCAAAGUAGUUAAGGGCUGAUCUAUUUUAUUUGUUUUCUACAGGUAUUAUUCUGACACGAGCGCAAAAAGAAGCCUUUUUAAAGACAGAUUUCACAUAGCCUCAGUGUGAACCUGUCAAAAGACACGGUCACGCUUUUGUGUCCAUGGUGUCAAACAUCACAUGCUUGUCCGAAAAGCAACACUGGCCCAUACAACUGACAUACAUGCACAUGAGUCAUUUAGAGCUAAGAAAAAAAAGAGAAUCAUAUUGUAAGUGUUGUAACUGCCAUUUCAAUAGACAACAUAAUGCAUGUCUUUUAACAAACCAUAGGAAUAAAAGUGGGUCAUCUUUGCCACCUUUAAAACGCCUUUAGCUUAAAAUCAAGGAGUGACUUAUGUAGGAUGUUUGCAUUGGUGUUAUUUGUAUGUAGGCAUUUUAUUUCCCCCCGAUAUUUCCUUUUGUUUUGCACAUAGUAUGCCAUUAAACUCUUAAUAUUGACAAAACACUAAAGAAAAUGUAAUAUUUUCACUUGAAAAAAAACUAUCCAUUGGCCCUUCUGCAAUUUAAUCGACUAUUAGCACAUGACAUUCGAAGUGUCAGAAGCACAAGUAUUUUUUUUGCUAAUGCAGUUCAGCUUGACCUGAAUGACCAAAUACAGAGAGAGAAUCUUAUUUUUUUAUGUAGUUAUUUCUGAAUUUAAAUUGAUGUAUUUGGAUCAAGUGGUUAAUUUACAUCUCAGCUGUUUUUGGCUUUUAAUUUAGGCUAGAGUUUUAUCAAAUGACAGGUUAAUCUUCGGUUAUUAAACAGAUCGGAUAUGUGACUUAGCAUCAGAAGUCUGGCCUUAUUGGCCAUCCGGUCAUCUAAAACAGACUGUACGUCCCUUACAUUUAAUAAUACAUGAACCUACUUCAAAUGAACCUAGAAACACGCGGUAUUUAAUCCAGAACAAGACCAUAACAAAACAAGUACAUAUGUUAGUGGAAAACAGGCGGCAGUCUAUCCGGGCCGUCCAGUGCACCGUGCAGGGAUUGGAUUCACUGCGGUGAGGAUUUUACUAAUGAAUAAUUAGAGGAAACCACAGUGAACGAGACAGAUGACCCUCCUGAGAGCUUAUUAGUCAGUUUAUAUCCCCGGACAUUUGGCGGAGACCACCUGCUCUGCAACAGUAAAUAGAAUAGAAGUGAUCAUCUCUAUUUCGAUCUAAAAAACAAAACUAAUUCAACCUCUUCACCAGGAACAGAUGAAAUGAAGAUGCCAAACAUAAAGAGCAGUACAGAUAAAAUUCGAGAGAGGUGAGCUCUGUGUCUUGUCAGUUAUUCAUUUCCUAAGAUGCUCUGGACGUUUGUUAUAGAGGCGCAUGCAUACAUCAGUCGAACACACUGUGCUCAUCACUCCUUUGUAUAUAUUCUUUAUUAUGUGAGUCAGGAAGGGUUUUGUCACACUCAAGUGGCAAUAUCAAGGAUGGAUUAUAGUCCCGGAGGGCCCUGAGGCUCCCAAUUCGUUGCAAUUGGGAGAUAUGAGGUCCAAAUGAAAAAAUACUCUAUUCAAAUAUGAAAAAUCAUCAUCCAUAGAUGAUUCUGGGUGUCUAUCGGGCCCAUAAUCUGUCCUUGAAUAUAAUUACGGUUAAAUGUUUACAACAAUUGGUCCAAUGCAAUGAAUGUUAAAGCAGACACCUUAUCAGGCGGAAACGAUGCCGUUCAUGACAAACCGACUAACAUCACCCUAAAUGGAGACCUUUGUGAUGGCACCGAUUUGUCUGACUUUGUCACCUUCGUAACAUGUUUCUCUGUGUUUGUGGGGUCCAGUCAUUAUAUGUCUCAGCGUCUAACAAGAUUGAAUGUAACAGAUACCUGCUAAUAUCGCUUCAACACCACCAAACCUAAUAUAAGAUGUAUUUUAUGCUUGCACAUGUUUUAUGGUCAUUUCCAAGUACAGCUCCAGUUGUGUAAGUAGUAUUCAACACAGCGUAAUCACUUAGCAAGCCGAGAUACUUUCUUUUCUCUUUCUGAAUCCUGUGGACCUAUGCAGCCCUCAACCUCAGUUGUUUUUGCGUUGUAAAUACGUUACGAGAAUGCUAAACAAACGUGUGUCUCUGUUUGAUUUCGAGGUUUCCUUGUGUUCUGAGUUGGUGUCCUUUUUUAAUCCUCUUUUUUAAGUGUCAGAGAUCACUGGUUGGUUUGUGCUGAGAUCCAUACUGAAAGCGAAGUGCUUUAAUCACAAGAACUGUCCUCUUAGUCACAACCUUAGCACCUGAAGGCUGUGAUGCUAUGUGAUGGGAUGUGCAAAGCAAUGACUUUAAGAAAAAAAGACGAAAGGUUAAAAGGCAUAUAGAGAUAACAUUACGACUAUGACUACUGAAAAAAAAUAAUAUUAUUAUACUACCGUUAUAUUGUAAUAUUAUAGAUGAUUUAGUUCAGUAACCUAUUUAAUUUUUUUACAAACUUUGAUGAAAUAAUUUAUAAAACAAUCUCACGAGUUAUGAUCUUUUCGAAGGUAUGAUU